ACCCACCAUGAUGAACUGUACUCUCUGAGAGCUGAGAUAAACCCUUCAAUUUGCCUUUGCAGAUACUUUGUAGCAACAAGACCAGUAGCUAAGGUGACAACAGCAUGGCUGUGUCCCAGACUUUCCCACUGGGGCCUACCCAUGAGCCUGCAAGUGCUCUGAUGGAGCCUCUGCCUUGCACUCGAAGCUUUGCUGAGGGCUUCCUGGAGGAAGAGCUUCGGCUCAAUGCUGAGCUGAGCCAGCUACAGUUUCCAGAGCCUGUGGGUGUCAUCUACAACCCGGUGGAAUAUGCUUGGGAACCACACCGUAACUAUGUGACUCGCUACUGCCAAGGCCCCAAGGAAGUGCUGUUCCUGGGCAUGAACCCAGGACCUUUUGGCAUGGCCCAAACUGGGGUACCUUUUGGGGAAGUGAAUGUGGUCCGGGACUGGUUGGGCAUUGGAGGCCCUGUGCUGACCCCUCCCCAUGAGCACCCUAAGCGACCAGUGUUGGGACUGGAGUGCCCACAGUCAGAGGUGAGCGGAGCCAGAUUCUGGGGCUUUUUCCGGACCCUCUGCGGACAGCCUCAAGUCUUCUUCCGGCACUGCUUUGUCCACAAUCUGUGUCCUCUACUCUUCUUGGCUCCCAGUGGACGAAACCUUACCCCAGCUGAGCUGCCCGCCAAGCAGCGGGAGCAGCUCCUGUCGAUCUGCGACGCUGCCCUCUGCCGGCAGGUGCAGCUGCUAGGGGUGCGGUUGGUAGUGGGGGUGGGGCGGCUGGCAGAGCAGCGAGCUCGAAGAGCUCUAGCAGGGCUGACCCCGGAGGUGCAGGUGGAGGGGCUCCUGCAUCCAUCUCCUCGAAGCGCACAGGCCAACAAAGGCUGGGAGGCGGCAGCCAGGGAAAGGCUCCAGGAGUUGGGGCUGCUGCCUCUGCUAACGGAUGAGGGUUCAGCCAGGCCUGUACCAUAGAGACCCCAGUCACUGAUGCACAGGUCUUGCUGGGCUCCAUGUUGCAUUCAGCCUACUGAGCUGUCCUCUAAUGGCUCAGGGUGGGCAGCUCUCCUGCUGUCUUCCCCUUCCCUUAAGCCUGCACCCUUUUGUCUCCAGUGUCUGCACAGCAUCAGCAGAGGGGUCGAGCCUGUGCACUCUACCUACCACGUCCUUGCCUUGUGUGCAGCGAGUCCUAAGUCGUGAUGUCUGAAGUUGUAUUCACAGUUUUGGAGGAAAGAUUGUUUUCGUUUCAAUCUUUCCUGUUUUGCUUUUUAUUGGCAUUACGUUUGGCAUUACAUCGUGUACACUAGGAAAGUUCUCUAAUGCCGCUCUACCUCAGCCUUUUUUGACACUAAUUGUACAUAUUAGUGGGGUUUAGUAUUAUGUUUCAACACAGGCAUUCAGUGUACACUGAUGGGGUCCAGCCUCCUUUGUCAGUCCUCUCCACACUUCUUUCCCAGGCAGUGGGCAAUCCUUCCAGGAUCCCUACUCACCCUUACAGAACAUCUGGCUCCUAUCCUUCCAGGGACUAGGACAGACAUGUUGAGAAUGAACUUCUUAGCCAGCAGUCCUGGAACACUCCUGUAAUCCCAGCACUCAGAGGCAGGAAAAUCAGGAGUUCAAGGCCAUCUUCAGCUACAUACUGAGUUCAAGGCCAGUCUGGAACACAUUAGUCUCUGUCUCAAAAAUAAAGUAAAUAAGUAAAAAAGUGAACUUAUUCAGGGAGACCACAGCUGAAUUGGGGGGAGACUUCUGUGUGGGAGACUAGGAAAGAUCUAGAUUUUCAUCCCUCCUCUUUUUUCCCUCCCU